CUGAUGAAGCAGGGACACUGUCACUCACAAUCACAUCUUCAUCUCCCUCAGCCCUGCCACUGCACCUGAUCUUCAGGUCAGCGGCCAACCCCCUGCCUUUCCCAGGCCAGUUCCUGGCUUCAAGCAGUGCAGUUCUCUUCUUUGCUAUUCUAGCUGACAGUUCUUGUGAAGCUUCUGGUGUUACCAGUAUAAUCAGUCUUCAAGGCUCUGCUGCAACUGUGCAUGCUCUGAUAUUCAGCUUCUCUGAAAUCUGUGCAUUUCUGAUGAUCUUUAUAUCAAAUAUUCUUAGUGAAGACUGCAUUAUUCUGACUUAUCAGAAUUCACAGUAUGAAAGUCAUGUCUCAGCUUCUGCAGAUAUCUUAUCUGCUCAGAUGAUUCUCAAGUGA